GCGCCUUAUUCGGGGGUGUCUUGCCGGGAAAAGGCGUCGCUUCUCGCUAGUAAACAGCAGCGAAAAAGGCAGAAAAAGACGGCGGUGGGUUUUGUCGCUGCGGAGCACGAACAAAAGACCUCUCCCUUUCGGCCCCGCGGUAAAACGCCGACGGCGCGGUUUCGCUUGUCCGUCGCCGUUCUCAAGCUUGUCACGCUGCGAAAACAUCGUCGGGGCGUUAGCCAGCUAGCCUAGCAUUAGCAUUAGCAUUAGCCACAACAGCUGCAGCGGACGACGAGGAUGAUAGCGCUCAUCAACAAACUGCUGGACUGGUUCAAGGCGCUCUUCUGGAAGGAGGAGAUGGAGCUGACCCUGGUGGGGCUGCAGUACUCCGGGAAGACCACCUUCGUCAACGUGAUCGCGUCUGGCCAGUUCAGUGAAGACAUGAUUCCCACGGUGGGAUUCAACAUGAGGAAAAUCACUAAAGGCAACGUCACCAUCAAGCUGUGGGACAUCGGCGGGCAGCCUCGCUUCAGGAGCAUGUGGGAGCGUUACUGCAGAGGAGUCAGCGCCAUCGUCUACAUGGUGGACGCCGCCGACCCGGAGAAGAUCGAAGCGUCCAAGAACGAACUCCACAACCUGCUGGACAAGCCUCAGCUGCAGGGCAUUCCUGUUCUGGUUCUGGGAAACAAGCGGGACCUGACAGGCGCUCUGGACGAGAAGGAGCUGAUUGAGAGGAUGAACCUGUCAGCCAUCCAGGACAGAGAGAUCUGCUGCUACUCCAUUUCCUGCAAGGAGAAGGACAACAUCGACAUCACCCUCCAGUGGCUGAUCCAACACUCCAGGACCAAGAGGAGUUCCUGAGAUAAGACAAGCCUCCCCAACAGCCUAGCCACGCCCAUUUGAUCAAGCCACUCCCCCAUGAACAUGCCCCUCCCCCUCAUGUCUUCUGUUUGUUUACAUGGUCCACAAACCUCACUCGCCAUCGUGUGCCCUGCUCUGAUUGGUCGCCGGAUUGAAGUGUUUUCUUUUUUUAUGGGGGCGGUGCUUUAGUUGUCUGGCUCCGCCCCCACACACUUUGUAAACAUUGAAUACGCCAUCAAACAGCACCCCCACCCCCCAGCUAAUUAGCAAAGAACUAAUUGUAUUUACCGAUCUGAAGUUUUUAUAAAGAAGUGCGUCGUCACGGUGACGGCCUUCAUCACCUCAUCCGUCCAUCAAUCCUCAUCUCUCACCCUCACCAGCUUCUCCUCUUCCUCCUCCUCCCGUUUCUUUCUGGAUGUUUCCUUCCCGCUCGCCACCUUCGGGUCCGUGCGUUUGAAAAGAAACCUUUUUAUUGCACUGUUAAUUCUUUGUUUUUGUAAGAUAAGAAAAAUGUUAAUAAUCUAACAGCUUUUUAUGUUGAUUUGUAUCUUAUUGUCUCGCUACUUCCUGUCCGCUCAGCCGCCAGGAAGCUAUUUAUGUGGAAAUCAGAUUAUUUAUAAAUGCCAUCCGUCUUCUUUGGCCUUCGCUGGCGGACAUUUUUAACAAGUUACUUUCACCAAGAAGAGUAAAAAAAAAAUAAUCACGGGAAGUUUCUGCUAAGUGGUCGCUUUUGUCAACAAGCCAAACCUAGACGACCACCGUGUCAGUGUUUUGUCUGGGGGCUUUUAUUUUGGUGAGAAAGAACAAAAAAAAGACUUUUAUGACGUCACUGAGGAACCCAAGUGAAAUGUGAGGAGAAAUAAAAAAAAACCAACGUGAAAACUUCAAA